GAAUCGGCCGGAAUGCUGCUGACCCGCGCGAUCCUUGAACCGCCGCUCCACGUUGUCAGCCCAACUCCAGUCAGCACCAGGACUUCACCCCGCUUCCGGACUCUGACCCUGAAGAAGUAACCUCGUCCCGCCCUGUGUUCAGAAUCAACAUUCUAGAGCUGAAAUAUAUUAAAGGUCUGGAGAAUUAGACUGAACGAGAAUCCCAGAGGCAACACCGGCUGCAGAUAUCCUUCUUUGCCUGUGAGUUAUGGUAACUCCCAUGAAGGGCCAAGUGUGUGUGGUGACUGGUGCCUCCAGGGGUAUUGGCCGUGGCAUUGCCUUGCAGCUCUGCCGAGCAGGUGCCACAGUUUACAUUACUGGCCGCCAUAUGGACACCCUUCGGGCCACUGCUCAGGAGGCACAAUCCCUUGGGGGCCGGUGUGUACCUGUGGUAUGUGAUUCAAGCCAAGAGAGUGAAGUGCAAAGCCUGUUUGAGCAAGUAGAUCGGGAGCAGCAUGGGCGUCUGGAUGUGCUGGUCAACAAUGCCUAUGCUGGAGUCCAGACGAUCCUGACUACCAAUAAAGCAUUCUGGGAAGCCCCAGCCUCAAUUUGGGAUGAUAUGAACAAUGUUGGACUCAGAGGCCACUACUUGUGCUCAGUAUAUGGGGCACGGCUGAUGGUACCAGCUGGCCGGGGGCUCAUCGUGGUUAUCUCCUCCCCUGGAGGUCUGCAGUAUAUGUUCAACGUCCCCUAUGGUGUGGGCAAAGCUGCGUGUGACAGAUUGGCUGCUGACUGUGCCCAUGAGCUGAGGCACCAUGGAGUCAGUUACGUAUCUCUGUGGCCAGGGUUGGUACAGACAGAACUACUAAAGGAUUACAUGGCAGAGAAGGGGUACUCUGAAGAUUCUCGCUUUAAGCAGUUUGGACCAAAUUUCUCGUCGGCAGAAAGUACAGAAAUGAGUGGCAAAUGUGUGGUGGCUCUGGCAACAGACCCCAAUAUCCUGAGUCUGAGUGGUAAGGUGCUACCAUCAUGUGACCUUGCUCGACGCUAUGGCCUUCAAGAUGUGGAUGGUCGCCCUAUCCAAGACUAUUUUUCUUUGCACUCUAUUCUUUCACAUGUCUCCAGACUGGGCUGGCUGGCCUCCUACUUGCCCAGCUUCCUCCGCAUGCCCAAGUGGAUUAUUACCCUCUACACCAGCAAGUUCUAACUCUCCUGUCCUGACGUCACAGCUCUGCUUCUCUUCCCUUUGGGGCUUGGGUGAUUGGGACAGUGGAACAAUUGGCCUUUCUUGCAUAUCGUGCCCUUGAUAUGAAGAGAAGGCCUCUGCUUGGCAUCCAUGGUCAAUUCUGAGUGCCCCGAUAGGUCCUUCUUUAUGCCUUUGUUUUCCUUGUCCCUACAGUUUACUUUUCGCAUCAAUAUUGAAAAAUGCUCUGGAAGCUAAUAAAGAUCCCAUUUUUCCUCCCA